AUGUCAAAAUCAACUUUAUCAGACUUGGUAAACCAGCAUCGGCCCGACCUUCACUCGUUGGAGGAGCUGUACAAGCAUCUCCAUCGCAACCCCGAGCUCUCCAACCAAGAAGUCGAAACAGCUACGACUAUAGCCAAAAGACUCAAAGAGAUUGGCCCGGAUGAUCUCGUCAUCAAGCCUCAUAUUGGCGGUCAUGGCUUAGCUGCCGUUCUCCGCAAUGGUGAAGGGCCCACUGUCUUGCUUCGUGCAGACAUUGAUGCCUUGCCAGUUGAGGAGACUACAGGCCUAGAGUAUGCAAGCACCAAGCGCAUGAUUCAUACUGCGAGCGGGGUCGAGAAACCUGUUAUGCAUGCUUGCGGUCACGACAUGCACAUCGUGACAUUGCUAGGUGCUGCGGCAACUCUUUUCUCGUCCCGGGAAUCUUGGGCCGGAACCUUGGUGCUGGCAUUUCAACCCGCCGAGGAGCGCGGUACUGGUGCGCAAGCAAUGGUUGAUGACGGUCUUUACACCAAGCAUGAGGUUCCUGUUCCAGAUUACGUUCUGGGAGCACAUGUGAGACCCUUGCGUGCUGGCACGAUUGGUACACGAAGAGGUCUUGUUGCCACGAGCGCGGAUAACUACAAGGUCACCAUCCACGGCAAAGGUUCGCACGCGAGUAUGCCCCAUACUGCCAUUGAUCCAAUAGCCAUUUCAGCGAACGCUAUUCUAAAGCUGCAAACGCUUGUUAGUCGAGAGGUUGACCCAGCUGAGUCAAGCGUGGUGACCGUCACGAGUAUUCAGGCCGGCGAUGCUGAGAAUGUCAUCGCCGACUCGGCCGUUCUUGGCGUCGACACUCGAUCUACUACCAUCACCACCCGCGAGCGUCUUUUGAAGCGCAUAAAAACAGUCAUCGAGGCUGAGUGUUCGUGUGCCAAUGUCCUCAAAAGUCCAGAGUUUGAGCAAACCCGAGCUUUUCCUCUGACGAUCAACGAUGAAGCUGUUACUAAGAGAGUGGAAGAGACAUUCGCGGCGCACUUUGGCGAAGGGCGUGGGAAAUAUGAUAGAGAUAUGCCGAAAUUGGCCUUCAGUGAGGACUUUUCGAUCUUGGCUACUGCUGUGGAUAAGCCUUAUUGCUUUUUUACGUACGGGUGUGUUGAUGGAGAGAUUUGGGAUAAGGCUGAGAAGGAGGGGACUGUUGCGCAGAGUAUUGCUGCGAAUCAUUCUUCCAAGUUUGCUCCGGUGAUUCAGCCAACGCUCAAGACUGGGCUAGAUGGAUAUGCGUUGGGUGCUCUCACAUUUUUAGCAAAGGGACAAUAG